UAAGGGCCGGGCUCUGCGACUGGAAAUUCACUCGUCUGAGUCUAACAGUAAAGUGACCGACAAGAUGAAGUGGCUCAUUGUCCUGACUGCUCUCGUGGCUUUCUCCGAAUGCCUGCAUAGGAUUCCCCUGAUCAAGGGAAAGACUGCCAGGCAAACCCUGCAGGAGAAAGGAUUAUGGGACAAGUACAGGAAGAUGUAUCCAUACAACCCAAUGGCCAAGUUCCAGGCUGGUAGUGAGUCAAUGACCAAUGAUGCUGAUUUGUCCUACUAUGGAGUGAUCUCCAUCGGUAACCCACCUCAGUCUUUCACCGUCAUCUUUGACACCGGCUCCUCCAACCUGUGGGUCCCUUCAGUCUACUGCAAUGACCAGGCCUGUCAAAACCACAAGAAAUUCAACCCACAGCAGUCCUCCACCUUCAAAUGGGGCGACCAGAGUCUGUCCAUCCAGUACGGCACUGGCAGCAUGACUGGAUAUCUGGGCAGUGACACUGUUGAGGUGGGCGGCAUCUCUGUGGCCAACCAGGUCUUUGGACUUAGCCAGUCUGAGGCUUCCUUCAUGGCUAGCAUGGCGGCUGAUGGCAUCCUGGGCCUGGCCUUCCAGUCCAUUGCCUCUGACAAUGUUGUGCCUGUCUUCGACAACAUGAUCAAGCAGAACUUGGUGUCCCAGCCCUUGUUCUCUGUCUACCUGAGCGGCAACAGUCAGCAGGGCAGCGAGGUGGUCUUCGGUGGUACUGACAGCAGCCACUACACCGGACAAAUCACCUGGAUCCCUCUGUCCUCCGCCACCUACUGGCAGAUCAGCAUGGACAGCGUUACCAUCAAUGGACAGACUGUGGCCUGCUCUGGCGGCUGCCAGGCCAUCAUUGACACUGGUACCUCCCUGAUCGUUGGCCCAACCAGUGACAUCAACAACAUCAAUUCCUGGGUUGGAGCCUCAACCAACCAGUAUGGAGAGGCCAUAGUGAACUGCCAGAACAUCCAGAGUAUGCCUGAGGUCACCUUCACUCUCAACGGACACGCCUUCACCGUCCCUUCAUCUGCCUACGUCUCUGAGAGCUCUGAUGGCUGCAGCACUGGCUUUGGCCAGGGUGGCUCUAUGCAGCUCUGGAUCCUGGGAGAUGUCUUCAUCAGGGAGUACUACACUGUCUUUGAUGCCUCAACUCAGUACAUUGGCCUGGCCAAGAAUGUGUAAUCAAAUAAGACACCUGAUGGAUAAUAUAUAACUGUGUAUUGUGGAAAGAAUGCAUGUGAAAGUGAUGUAGCUGCAUUUACAUCCAAUAAAUUACAGCAACUAAAAA